UGGAAACUGAGCAUCUUCAGUUUCACUCUUCCACUAGUUUGGCUACGUUAUUGCUGUUCUUAAUGUCUUAAUUACUCCGUCAUCAUAUCUUAAUAUACAAGGAGAAUGCUGUAUACUUGGAGUUUGUAUAGCAUUUGAAAACACGCCACCAUAAAUAAACGAAAUAGAUUUUGGUUGAAUGUUUUCUUGGAAUUGCGUUUCUCUUUUUUACUUCUUGAAUAGUUAUCUGUAAAAUUUUGUAACAACGACUCUUCCAAUUUCUGAUAUAUUUUCGGCCCUAUCAUAAAAUGAUUUACUUAGCCAAUGAAAGUUUAAACAACUUCUUGCACUUCUGAUCGUAAAUAGAAACUUUAAAAUCCGCUGCAAAAGUGCAAGCUCCGAUUUAAACUAACUAAGAACUGAGUCUAUCAUCUAAAGGUGAAGGGAAUUUCACACAUAGAAAGAAACGUCAUACGGUUUAAAGAAAAACAUGUCCCACACGAUUCUUCUUGUGCAACCGGGCAACCGGCCUGAGACGAGAACUUAUUCGGAUUACGAAAGUGUCAACGAAUGUAUGGAAGGUGUCUGCAAAAUUUACGAAGAGCAUUUGAAGAGGCGGAACCCGAAUACCCCGACAAUCACCUACGACAUUAGUCAGCUGUUUGAUUUUGUUGACCAGCUGACCGAUUUAUCAUGCUUAGUGUAUCAAAAGUCAACGAAUACUUAUGCUCCAUACAACAAAAACUGGAUCAAAGACAAGAUAUACGUCCUGCUUCGUCGAGCUGCCGGUCACUGCGAGUAGCUAGACUUUAUGCAAAUCCAUGUAAUGAUUUUACAUUUAAGAUUAAUUAUUCUUUAUAACAUUUAUUAUAUUUUUGUUUAUAAAAAUUGUAAUACGUGAAACAAGUGAGUUUUGAAAAUAAUAAGUAAGUGAGAAUAUA